AUGAAGUUCUUGGCUCUGUUUGUGUUCCUAUUUAUCGCGUUGGUCGCCGUUCAUCGGGUGGAUUCUCAAUCGCCAUCGUUCCUCAAAUGUCUCGAAGAAAUUACUGAACCGGAGCUGUGCGAAAAUUUUAAAGAUCAAUUCCCUGACGAUUCCCCAUCCAUUCCUCUCAACGACUAUACGUUCGAGGAACAUUCCGGAUAA